CUCACCUCCUUCUCCUCAGGAAUCAGGUGCCCCUGUGAGCCAGAGACAUGUCGUGCUGCCAGCCCUGCAACCCUUGCUGCCAGCCCUGCGGCCCGACCCCGCUGGCCAACAGCUGCAAUGAGUGCUGUGUCAGGCAGUGCCAGGACUCCGUCGUUGCCAUCCAGCCCUCCCCCGUGGUGGUGACCCUGCCCGGGCCCAUCCUCAGCUCCUUCCCACAGAACACCGUGGUGGGAUCCUCCACCUCCGCUGCCGUUGGCAGCAUCCUCAGCUGUGACGGAGUGCCCAUCAACUCCGGGGGCUUUGACCUCUCCUGCAUCACCAACCGCUACAGGUGUCGGCCCUGCUAAAGCUGCUGGCAACGUCCUGGGGCAAGAACC